AUGUUGAAAUUAUCAGCAAGACCAAUAAGUAGAUCAAUAGGAGUCUUCUCCAGAAGAUCGGUCUACACAUCUGUUCUAGAAUCCGAUAUCAAUAUUACCAAGAAUGGUAAAGUCAAUGUUGCUGUAGGUGCUGGCGGUCGUUCUUCCAGAACUGGGUACACAGCCACUGUAUUUGGUGCAUCUGGAUUUUUGGGCCGUUAUGUAACCUCCAAAUUGGCUAGACACGGUACUACCACUAUUGUCCCAUUCAGAGAUGAUAUGAAAAAAAGAUUUUUGAAAGUCACUGGUGAUUUGGGUGUUGUCAAUUUUGUAGAAAUUGAUGCUCGUAAUUUACAAAGUAUUGAAGAUUCAGUGGCCCAUUCAGAUAUUGUUAUCAAUUGUAUUGGUGUUGAUUACGACACUAAAAACUUUAAAAUGGCCGAUGUUAACAUUGCCUUGGCUGAAAGAAUUGCUGAAGCCACUAAAAAAGCCAAUGUUCCUCGUUAUAUUCAUGUCUCAUCAUAUAACGCCGAUCCAAAUUCAGAAUCAGUAUUCUAUGCCACAAAGGGUAUUGCUGAACAAGUUGUUAGAGACAUUAUCCCAGACACCACUAUUGUAAGACCAGCACCAAUGUAUGGUAGAGAAGAUUCAUUAUUAAACUAUUUGGGACCAAAAGUUAAAAUGUGGACUCCAAACAAAAACGCUAAAGAAGUUUGGCCAGUAUAUGUUUUAGAUGUUGCUAGAGCUCUUGAGAGAAUUGCUUAUGAUGAUUCUACUGCUGGUCAAACAUUUGAAUUAUACGGGCCAGAAAAAGUCACUUUCCAAGAAAUCAGAAAUAUGAUUCAUGGUAUAACUGAAAAUUACGCCCAAGUAGGUCCAUGGUCAUAUCAAUUUGCUGAUUAUGCUAUACCAUUACCAUUAGCUAAGGCCAUUGCUAAAGUUCAACAAUUGGUGUGGUGGAAAUUAACUAACCCAGACCAAGUUCAAAGACUUGUCAUAAACCAAAAGAUUGAUCCAAAUGCUAAAACUUUCCAUGAUUUGGGUAUUGAUGAUUUGACUAGAUUACCAGAUGUGUUAUUCAGUUACGUCAAACAAUGGAGACAUCCAUUAAUUGCUCAAAAGGGGGCUCCAGGUAAGAAAGAAUUAGAAAGAUUAAGAGACGUCCAACAUUUCACUCCAUAG